GUAUUGAAUCUGGUAUAGAACUAUCACCCAUGGAGAAAUUCCCGACAAAUGGGUAUUCAUUCUUUACUUGGAUAAAGAUGGAUGCAAUACCAUCGUCAAAAGAACAUUUAGAAAAUGGAAACUAUGUACCUAGGCUAUUUUCAUUCUUCACAUUGUCUGGGGAUGGGAUUGAAGCAUACUUUGAAAAUAAUGAACUUUGUUUUCAUAGCAAAAAGGGUGAAGUUAUUUCAAAAGCUGUUAUGAAUAAUUUCAAGUUUGCCCAAAAGAGAUGGUACUUUAUCGUUAUUGUACAUCAACCGGAAAAGAGAGGUUGGACUAUUACUCCAUCCGAAUUAAGUGUCAUUGUGGAUGGUCAUAUCAACUUUAAAGCACGUCUAGAAUAUCCUGUGGAUAUCUAUUCUAAGAAUAUCUCGUCUUUUGAUUAUUGUUCAAUCGGCGCCAGUAUGUCAAUAAAACCACCACCGUCUCCCGACGACACUCACUCGAGCGCCUCAACAUCAUCCAGUGGACUUCAUAAUUCUUUCCGCGGUCAAAUGACAAGUUUGUACAUGAUCAACGAUAUUCUAACCAAAGAACAGAUAAAUGCCCUCUAUGAACUUGGACCAAAUCAUUCUACGCAAUUUGAACCUGAUCAAAAAAAAGGCAUCUCGUCGAGUUGCAACCUGUUCGACGGAACUCUUGGUUCCAAAAUAAUCUUUAAUUUUCAUGUGAAGGCCUCAUCAGGUCAGAAGUGUUUUAAUUUAGCACCACGAAAUUUAGCUACUAAUACUCGAGAAAUGAUCUCAGCUACUUUGUUUGGCGUAGAAAAAUGCUCAACACUUAGCCUAAGAAAUGCAAUACAAUGUCUGGGUGAUGUGGAAAUUCUUUUCCCCAUUAUAAUGAGGUUCGAUGAUCUGAAUUCAGUUAGCCUUCAAGCUCCAUUCGGAUCGCAAGACAACUUUUUUGCGUCGGUUGGGCCUUGCAAAGCUUUUUUUGAUCUUCUGUCCUCGUUGUUGCAAUCCAAUACUAAAAGUCAGAAUCACAUAAUCAAAUCUCGUGGGAUCAAGGUUGUUAGCUUGUUAUUGCAGCAGGUUGGACCAAGACAUUUCUCUAUAUCAGCAUUUAAAAGUAUGAUCACACUAGCGAGCAGUUUAGAAUCUAAUGAAGAUUUGGCGCGCGAGAUUCACUCGAACCUUGUCUUUGAAUUUCGCUUGUGGAUGUAUACAUCAAUGGGCGUUCAGAGAUAUUGCAUAGA